UCUUUCCUCUGUCUCUUCGAUGCUAGCUUUCUUUUUUUCCUCCUCCUAUCCCGUCCCUUCUUGACUAGUGAUCAAGAAAUUUGCGGUGUUUCAUGCAUCCAUGUCCGGUGAUUGUAUUCUGUUCUGGAAUCCGUGAAAUCUGUCUCCGAAUCAUGUAGGUUCGUCUUCAGGGGCAAACGCGGCAUCAGGAAUGGCAGUAAAUGAUGACUGCAAGCUGAAGUUCCUGGAGUUGAAGGCUAAGCGAACUUAUCGUUUCAUAAUAUUUAAGAUUGAUGAGAAACAGAAGCAGGUCAUUGUGGAAAAGCUCGGUGAACCCAAUUUGACCUAUGAUGAUUUCACUGCCACCCUUCCUACAAAUGAAUGCAGAUAUGCGAUAUAUGAUUUUGAUUUCGUGAACGAAGAGAACUGCCAGAAAAGCAAGAUCAUUUUUAUCGCUUGGUCGCCUGACACAUCAAGAGUGCGAAGCAAGAUGCUUUAUGCAAGCUCCAAGGACAGGUUCAAGAGAGAACUGGAUGGCAUCCAGGUGGAGUUACAAGCAACUGAUCCAUCUGAGAUGGGCCUCGAUGUGAUAAGAGGCCGUGCCAAUUGAAUAUGUAGCUAUUCACCUCUUGUUUGUGCAUUGGUGUUGUUAUCCUGCAAUUGUUUUGUUCUUACUGAAAUUUUCAUAGUUUUGAGGGAUGUUUAGAUCCCUAGAUAUUGUGUGGGCUUGUGGUUUAGGUACUAAACAGAACCUUUUUGAAGCGUCUCCAUUUUGACUA